AUGGCCAAUUCCAACCAGAAGGACCAGGCAUGGAUCCCCAAACUCUUCAAGAAAAAAAUCUGCACAACUUUUAUCGAGCAACCUGGUGAGCCAGGUGCCCCCUGCCUGUGCCAGUGUGGGAGCCCUCGCAACAACCACGUCUCCGUCGCCACAGAGGAUGCCUUUGGAGCAGCCAUUGUCAGCAAGUGGCAGUCAGCCCAGCACACGACAGAGCGGCCCACUGAUGCCUAUGGGGAGGUGGAAUUUGUGGGCGCCGGGCGCAGGCCCAGCAAGUUCAUUCGCCUGUCAGACACUUCGGACCCUGCGGCAGCCUACGCCCUGGUAACACAUCACUGGAAAAUCCCACGCCCCAACCUGGUGGUAUCUGUGGUGGGAGGUGAAGGUGAGGUGCGAGUGAGGGCCUGGCUGAAGGACGUACUGCGGAAAGGGCUGGUUAAAGCAGCUCAGAGCACAGGUGCCUGGAUUAUGACUGGUGGACUCCAGGCUGGUGUUGGCCGGCAUGUUGGGGAAGCUGUCAGGGACCACACCACGGCCAGUACCAACCCCAGCACCCAUGUGGUGGCUAUGGGCAUUGCUCCAUGGGGCAUUGUUGAGCAGCGACGUUGUCUUGUGAACCCCAAGGGAUCAUUCCCAGCACGCUACCCUCGGACGACUCCUGUCAGCCCUUUUUGCCCUCUAGACGCCAACCAUUCGGCCUUCUUCUUGGUAGACAAUGGGACGCAGGGCAGGGCAGGUGGAGAGGCCUCCUUCCGUGCUCGCUUGGAACGCUACAUAGCCCAGCAGAAAGUAGGAGCUGGAGGUGUCGGGAGCAUUGAAAUUCCUGUGUUAGUGCUGCUCAUCAGUGGGGAUUCAGCAAUGUUCAAGCGUGUGUCUGAGGCUGUGUGUGCCUCCAUUCCCUGCCUGCUCUUGGCAGGUUCUGGGGGCGCAGCUGACUGCUUGGCUGAGUUGCUGGAAGAGACGCAGCCUGGAGAGCCUCUGAAGACCCUGGCAAUGAAGAAGAUGCAUGGGAAGUUCCCUGACAAUGAGCUGGAGGACUUGGCAGAGGAGGUGGAACGCAUUGGAGCUCUACGCGAACUGGUGACUGUCUAUUCAGAUCACGAGGGUCUGGAGGAGUUUGAAACUAUUCUGCUUAAAGCUCUGGUGAAAGCCUGCAGGCGGUCAAGGGAGGCCACCUGCUACUUGGAUGAGCUGCGUCUGGCUGUCGCCUGGAACCGGGUGGACAUUGCCAGCACCGAGCUGUUCCGAGGGGACAUCGUCUGGGAGCCGAGCCUACUGGAGGAACCAAUGCGUGACGCCUUGCUCGGGGACCGCCCGGCACUCGUGCGCCUCUUCGUGGAGAACGGCUUGGAUGUCGGACAGUUCUUGACCUGGGGGCAGCUGGAGCAAUUGUACGCAGGGGCCCCUGAAGUCACGCUGCUGCACCAGCUUCUCGAGCGACGCCAAGCUGCGGGCCCCGAGCCUGCCCCGUCCCCGGAGUGCUUGCUUUUGGAACGAUCUGUGCUCGACUGCCACUUGCCCCAAGUGGCACACAUCCUGCAUGAGCUGCUGGGGGAUGUCUGCGCCCCCUUCUACACGGGGCUGCACCCUGUUGGCCACAAAGGGACCGGGAGUAAAGGAUCGUUACCCAAUGGAGAUUCCAUGUACCGCACCGAGCUCUCUCCAAACCCUUGGAGUGAUCUGUUUAUAUGGGCUGUGUUGUUGAACCGAAGGGAGAUGGCCAUGUAUUUCUGGGAAAUGGCUCCUGAUGCAGUGGCUGGGGCUCUGGCAGCAGCACGGAUACUGCGGGAGCUUUCCCAUCUGGAGACUGAAGCAGAGGAGGAGGCAGCCAUGAAGAAUCUGGCCAUGCACUUUGAGAACUUGGCCAUUGGCGUAUUUGGUGAAUGUUACCGUAAUGGUGAGCCCCGGGCCUACAAGCUUCUGGUGCGACGUUCCCAGCUCUGGGGUGGAGCCACUGUCCUCCAGCUGGCUCACCAGGCAGAUGCCCGCCUCUUCUUUGCACAGGAUGGUGUGCAGUCCCUGCUCACCCAGAACUGGUGGGGAGAGAUGGACCGAAGCACCCCUGUCUGGCAGCUCCUCCUCACCUUCUUCUGCCCCCCACUCAUCUUUACCAACCUCAUCAAGUUCAGGACCAUGGAUGAUGACCUCCGGCUGGAUCCCUCGAGCCCCAUUGAGCUAGACAGCCUGGACACAGAUGUGAAAAGUACCAUCGGAGACAUGCUGUCUGACAUUGUGGAGCCUCCCUCUCUGCCUUCCAUUCGCCGGUUCUGGUUACGACGCUGGAGGCAAUUCUGGGUGGCGCCUGUGACAGCCUUCCUGGGCAACGUGGUGAUGUACCUGCUCUUCCUUUUCCUCUUCUCCUACGUCUUGCUUCUGGAUUUCCAGCCCGCGCCUCCUGUUGGCCCUUCUGUCUCAGAGAUUAUUUUGUACAUCUGGGUCUUCACAUUGGUCUGUGAGGAGGUGCGCCAGGGCUGCUUUGUAGGAUCCCAUCCUUUGCUGCAGCGGAUACGCCGAUACUUCCUGGACACAUGGAACCAGCUAGAUAUCACCGCCCUACUGCUCUUUAUGCUGGGGCUGGGGUGCAGGUUGCAUCCAUUAUCAUACGAAUCUGGUCGCACCAUUCUCUGUCUCGAUUUCAUGGUCUUCACCCUUCGUCUCAUUCACAUCUUUGCUGUCAACAAACAGCUGGGGCCGAAGAUGAUCAUUGUCGGCAGGAUGAUGAAGGAUGUUUUCCUCUUUCUUUUCUUCCUUGGGGUAUGGUUGGUGGCCUAUGGGGUCACCACAGAGGGGCUGCUGCUCCCACAUGAUCGACGGCUCCCCUGGAUAUUCCGGCGUGUCUUCUACCGGCCUUACUUGCAAAUCUUUGGGCAAAUUCCACUUGAUGAAAUUGAUGCUACCCUGAUUGCGGCGCCAAACUGCACCUUUAACCCCAUAGCCAUCUUGUUGGAGGAAGCGAAGCCUUGCAUCAACACCUACGCCAACUGGCUGGUGCUCAUUCUCCUGGUGAUCUUCCUCCUGGUGGCCAACAUUCUGCUCCUCAACCUGCUCAUCGCCAUGUUCAGUUACACAUUUUCCAAAGUGCAAGGCAAUAGCGACAUCUACUGGAAAUCCCAGAGGUAUAACCUGAUCCUGGAGUACCACAGCCGCCCUGCACUGGCACCGCCUUUCAUCCUGAUCAGUCACCUGCACCUUUUCUUCAAGCGCCAUGUCCGUAAGGUGCAGUCAGCAAAGGGACGCCACUUCUUGCUGGAACUUUCCGAGGCCCAAGAUGGACGGUUGCUCACGUGGGAAUCGGUGCAGAAGGAAAAUUAUUUAGUGGCUCAAGCCCGACAGAAACGUGAUCAAGACACAGAGCGGCUCCGGAGAACCUCCCAAAAAGUUGAUCAGGUUUUGAAGCAGCUUUCUGAGAUCAAGGAAUCAGAGCGACGUCUGCGGACCCUUGAGACACAGAUGGAGUACUGCACCAGGGCCAUGACCUGGAUGGUUGAUGUCUUGGCCCAGAGCGACAUAGCAAAGGGGAAGCGGGCUCCUCCAACUCAGAAGAAGGUGAAGUGGCUCUUUAUGGUGAAGACAGACAUGUUUUCAGAGUGGUGA